AUGUCUCCUAAAUGUGCGAAGUGUUUAGGCGGUACAAAUGUCAAAGAUAAGGAUAGUGUAUUACGUUGCAGUCGUUGUGAUAUUGUCGUACAUGUAAAGUGUAUUUCUACUAGUGAUAGUUUACUUGAUGCUUUGAAAAACUGCAGUGGUCUGAAAUGGUUCUCUGAUAGUUGUGUGAAGCUUCCGUUCAACUUAGAUUCACUCUCAAAAUCAGUUGAUGCUAGUAGACAAGAUAUAUUGGAUAAAAUUGACAGUAACAAAAAUGAGAUGAUAACAAGACUUGAGAAACUGGAUGAAGUCAACACUCAGGUUCGAUCAGAAAUAGUCAGUUUAAAAAUGUUGAUAACUUCUAACGAAAAUAAAUUAGUUGAUAUUGAUCGCACAGAUACUUCAAUUCGUCAUGACAUCAAGAGUUUAAAGCAAGAAAUGAGUACUACUUUCGCCAGCAUUGUCAGUAAAGAAGUUAAAAAAAAUACUGAAAUAAUUAACAAUGAAGUUAGAACCGUUCAGAAAGUGUUGACUGAAGUGAAUGAGAUGAAAAACAGAGAGUCAAACCUGAUGGUUUUUCGCUUAGUUGAGAGCGACAAUGAUCGCACUGAUGUUAUGAAGAUAUUGCAACAUUUGGUUGAAGACAUUUCAGAGAAGGAUGUUCUAAGAACUACCAGGCUAGCUGAUAAAUUUGCCGGUGUUGGACUAUGUGAUGAUUUGACAAAGGAACAGAGGCAGGAGUAUAAAACGUUUGUUGAAAAAGCUAAAUCAAUGCAAUCUGAUGAUAAAGAGAAUUUUUUUUAUACCGUGUCAGAGGACCAGUUGGAAGAUGGAAGAUAA